AUGUCAAAUGCAGAGGGUGACUUAAGAGAUGGACUCUCGGCUAAAGAAAUUUUUGCCAAUAGUGAAGGAUUAACUUACAAUGAUUUUCUUCUGCUUCCGGGGUACAUAGACUUUACAUCAGAAGAAGUAGACUUGACAUCUCCUCUUACGAAGAAAAUCAAUCUCAAAGCACCUCUGGUGUCAACCCCUAUGGAUACGGUUACUGAAGCCGAUAUGGCUAUUGCUAUGGCUUUAUGUGGGGGUAUUGGGAUUAUUCAUCACAAUUGUACUCCUGAUUACCAGGCCAAUGAAGUGCAUAAGGUAAAGAAGUAUAAGCACGGCUUUAUUCGUGACCCUGUCUGUAUGGGUCCUGAGAACACUGUAGCAGAUGUUUUAGAAGCAAAAAAGAAAAAUGGAUUCACAGGUUAUCCCAUUACUGAAAAUGGAAAACUUGGAGGUCGUUUGAUUGGUAUUGUGACAUCUCGGGAUAUUGACUUCAGGGAGGGUGACCCACAACUCAGUUUAAAGGAAGUAAUGACUCCCAUAGAAGAAAUGAUUACAGCACAAUCUGGUGUGACAUUGCAAGAUGCCAACUAUAUUCUUGAGAAGAGUAAGAAAGGAAAACUGCCUAUCAUCAAUGGAGCAGGUGAACUUGUGGCUUUAAUUGCCAGAACAGACUUAAAAAAAGCUCGCAGUUAUCCAAAUGCUUCUAAAGAUUCCAAUAAACAGUUACUGGUAGGUGCUGCCAUAGGAACAAGAGUAGGAGAUAAAGAACGUCUUAAGCUUCUUGUAAACAAUGGAGUUGAUGUCAUUGUUCUGGACUCAUCUCAGGGCAAUUCAACUUAUCAAAUAGAAAUGAUUAAGUAUAUUAAAAAUACCUAUCCAGAUAUCCAAGUGAUUGGUGGCAAUGUUGUAACAAGGAUGCAGGCUAAAAAUCUAAUUGAAGCUGGGGCAGAUGCCUUAAGAGUAGGAAUGGGUAGUGGUUCCAUUUGUAUUACACAGGAAGUAAUGGCAUGUGGAUGUCCUCAGGCUACUGCAGUAUACCAAGUGUCCUCAUAUGCUCGUCAGUUCAAUGUUCCUGUUAUUGCUGAUGGUGGCAUCCAGUCUGUAGGUCAUAUUGUUAAAUCACUAGCCUUAGGAGCUUCUAGUGUCAUGAUGGGUUCUCUUCUUGCUGGUACUUCUGAAGCUCCUGGUGAGUACUUCUUUUCCGAUGGUGUAAGGUUGAAGAAAUACAGAGGCAUGGGCAGUUUAGAGGCAAUGGAAAAUAAAGAGGGUAAAGGCUCUGCAAUGAGCCGGUACUUCCAUAAGGAAUCAGAUAAACAUAGAGUAGCUCAAGGUGUAAGUGGAAGUAUAGUUGACAAGGGUUCAGUUCUCAGAUUCCUCCCUUAUCUUCAAACUGGGAUGCAACAUAGUUGUCAAGACAUUGGUGCUCGCUCUAUUACAAAAUUGCGUGAAAUGAGCUACUCUGGAGAAUUAAGAUUCAUGAAGAGAACUUACUCUGCACAGCUUGAAGGAAAUGUUCAUGGUUUAUUUUCGUAUGAAAAACGAUUGUUU